AUGUCGCGCUUCAUCACAGAUCUAACGAUACGCAUUAGAAGGCAAGCGUUACGCCAAUGGAGGCUGGCCUCCCACACAUCAGUUUCUGUACCUAGGACAUGGAAAUUCCUCAAAAUUUCAAAAAUUAGCAAAUUUAAUCAUCUACGAGAUCUAGUGACAUUCCCGCAUCUUCUUAUUCUUCUUUGGGUUAUUUGUCUAUUAUGGGGUGAAAGAUGGGUAUUUACAACAAGCUUACAAGAUUGUAAAUGGGAAAAUUGGGAACGCUGGCCCAAAGAAGCAACACCCCAUCACUUGAUAUUCAUAGCAGAUCCUCAGCUUAUUGAUCCUCACAGCUAUCCUGAACGGCCAUGGAUACUACAAUGGCUAACUAUGCUUUAUACUGACAAAUAUAUCAAGCGGUCCUAUAUAUCUUUGCAGAAAAAAUUACAUCCUGACACGAUAUUCUUUUUGGGCGACCUAUUUGAUGGCGGAAGAGAAUGGAGAUCUAUCCAUGAUAAUAGCAUAAGAGAACCUUUGUGGUUAUCUGAAAAGCGCCCCAAGAAAGAACGUGAAUAUGCAAAGAUGUGGGGAAAAUUUUAUGGUGAAGACUAUUGGUUGCGUGAGUAUGACCGUUUUGGGCAGAUUUUCUACCAAAUCAAGAAUAUAGGAGGAUCUAGUCCUGGGCCCUGGCAGAGAGGCAAAAAAAUUAUCACCAGCUUACCUGGAAACCAUGACCUUGGAUUCGGAGAAAAUAUCAAACUAUCAAUUCGCAAUCGUUUUGAGAUUUACUUUGGCGAAGGGAACCGGGUUGACGUGAUAGCCAAUCAUACUUUUGUUUCAGUUGAUACGGUUUCUAUGAGCGCCAGUGGAUCAAGACACGAUGUGUCAAAAAUCACGAGACCUAUUGAUGAAUUCCUAGCUACUGUACAAGACACCAAGAGGAAGGCUGUCUCAAGAGAGCUCAACUUCAUAGCUGGUGUCGAGGAAAGAACUCAGUAUGCUCACAAAGUGGAAGACCUAGAGAGCACUAGCUUUUCAAAUUCUUCGAGUUAUGAUACAGAUUCUAGCCACGCUGAGUUUCCUACCAUACUUCUCACUCAUGUCCCCUUAUAUCGUGAGCCUGGUACCCCUUGUGGACCCAAAAGAGAACAUUGGCCGCCAUCAAAGUCAGGUGUUAAGGACUCAAAUCUUGUCACGCCCGACGAGCGGAACUCCAUCUCAAUUUCUGGCGGUUAUCAGUAUCAAAAUGUGCUUUCCCCAGAAAAUUCAGUAAAAUUAAUUUCCUCCAUUGGAAAUGUUAAAGCUGUAUUUUCGGGCGACGAUCAUGAUUAUUGUGAGAUCGUACAUUCUUCAGAUAAGAAUAAUGCUAGAGAAAUAACUGUCAAAAGUAUUAGUUGGGCCAUGGGUGUCCGUCUACCUGGAUUUCAUAUGAUGUCCAUGUGGAAUCCGGUUGACAUUCAGGGUAUACCAAUAAGUGGACCACAAACAAGUACUGAAGCACCGAUAACAAUGCAGUCAAACCUCUGUCUUCUUCCUGACCAAAUCGGGAUCUUCAUAAGAUAUUUAUUCUUAUUGAUAUUCACUCUAUCUUCACUUACACUACAUGCAAUUCUGAAAGCCUCUUCAGAUACAGCAAAUCUUCCCUUAAGAUCAUACUAUACAGUCCACUCAAAUGUACGAAGGGAUUCAAGACAAGAGACAUACAACUCAUCACACUCUGGUACUUCUUCAACCUAUUACAAUGGGCAUUCUAAUCUAGCAUCGAGAAUUCUACCUGCAAAAAUAUUUCCUUAUAAUCAUCACACAGAUGACAGGAUAAGUAGUGAGUCGAAUAGUUGUAUAGAUUUAGAGGACUUGAGGAAGUUAGACUCUCAAAAUACGUACCCAGAAACAGAAAUACGUAAGAGAAGCAUCAAAUCUCAAAUAAUGAGAAAAUUUUGGGCAAGUUUUUGCCAUGUACUCUUUGUAAUCGUGCCCUUUUACCUAUAUUUAAACUGGGCUUAUUGA